AAUGUGGUGUAAAAGCCGUUUGGUUUUGCUUCAUCUCUAUACAGCAUGCCAGUGCCAUUGCAAAAUGACUCGCCUAUCGGAUAAAACUGUUGAACACAGCUCUACUUGGUGAAAAAAUUGGUGGCUCUGAAAAGAACCUCUUUGGUUUGGACCGAGGUAUGAAUAAUGAACUGCUCCAGACCCGCUACUUGCCCUUGGCCUUGUGGUGGCUCUCAGUUUUCUUAGGCAGCAGCACGGCCUGGAUAUUGGGCAGGACACCACCCUGGGCGAUGGUCACUUUACCAAGCAGCUUGUUGAGCUCCUCGUCGUUGCGGAUGGCCAGCUGCAAGUGGCGAGGGAUGAUGCGGGUCUUCUUGUUGUCGCGGGCCGCAUUGCCAGCCAGUUCCAGGAUCUCGGCGGUUAGGUACUCCAGCACCGCUGCCAGGUACACCGGCGUUAUGGCACCGACCCGCUCAGCAUAGUUGCCCUUGCGGAGGAGUCGGUGCACUCGGCCCACUGGGAACUGAAGAUCCGCCCUAGAAGAGCGGGUCUUAGCCUUGGCGCGAGCUUUGCCGCGCUGCUUGCCACGUCCCGACAUGACGAAAAAAUCUCAAUCAGUAGCAUUCCUGAGACUGACGUAACGCUAAAGCUCCGCUACUUAUAGUCAACACAGGCAUGAAAACUAAGCCGUGCUAUUGGCUAACAUUACAGUUUCCUUUAGCCAAUGGGAUUGCGGUUUUUAAAAACACUUAUUUUGAUUGGACAAAGUUAAUACACGUUUCCAGGACUCACCACUAGUUAAACGCACAACUUCAUUCUCUGCCCCAUUUGCGUUAAGAAGCAGUGAAUAAGCGGUAGGUUGACAGAGAUACCGUCUUUCUUCCAGUUUUUUUCUCCAAUUUUCCGGCAGUUACUCCCAGCCAUGCCUGAGCCCUCAAAGUCCGCUCCUGCCCCGAAGAAAGGCUCCAAGAAGGCAGUGACAAAGGCCCAGAAGAAGGACGGCAAGAAGCGCAAGCGCAGCCGCAAGGAGAGCUACUCUGUGUACGUGUACAAGGUGCUGAAGCAGGUCCACCCCGACACCGGUAUCUCGUCCAAGGCCAUGGGCAUCAUGAACUCCUUCGUCAAUGACAUCUUCGAGCGCAUCGCCGGCGAGGCUUCCCGCCUGGCGCAUUACAACAAACGCUCGACCAUCACCUCCAGGGAGAUCCAGACGGCCGUGCGCCUGCUGCUCCCCGGGGAGCUGGCCAAGCACGCGGUGUCGGAGGGCACCAAGGCCGUCACCAAGUACACCAGCUCCAAGUGAGCCCACCCACCGCCGAACGUUCGGUCAGUCUCGGCCCACACCCCAAAGGCUCUUUUCAGAGCCACCCAGUCUUCCCAAAGAGAACUGGCACUCACUGUUCUUACAGCAGGUAUUUCUUAAUUGCUACAAAGACGAUUUCCAAGAUUCUUUACUUUAGCCUUGUUAGAAACUAAUUUUGGCUCAAGCCUCUAAUCCCAGCACUCUGGGAAGCCGAAGCGGGUGGCUCACCUGAGGUUAGAAGUUCGAGACGAGCCUGGCCAACAUGGUGAAACCCCGUCUCUACUAAAAAUACAAAAAAAUUAGCUGGGCGUGGUGGCGGACGCCUGUAAUCCCAGCUACUCGGGAAGCUGAGGCAGGAGAGUCGCUUGAACCCGGGAGGUGGAGGUUGCAGUGAGCCGAGAUCGGGCCAUUGCACUCCAUCCUGGGCAAUAAGAGCGAAAC